GACGUUGAUGUGUUUUGGCAGAAAAUCGAGAGACACCUUGCCGAGGAGGAGGCUUCUCGUUCCAUAAUGCAUAACAUCACAAAAGCUUUUAAAACUUCCAUCGCAAAUGUCAAUACCUCCGUUAAUAAUGUUGAUAACACGAUGCUCCAAUAUAAUAAAGAGCUUGAAGGUGAGAAGAGUGAUGGUUUAGGGAAAAGACGAAAUUUGGAAGAUCGUGAGGAGGGGCUUUCAAUAAAGAAACAACACAAAGAGGGAUGUAUUAUGUCAUCAGCAAGCUCGCCUCCACCAUGCUCGGUGUUAAUAGAUUCACCAGAAGACGGGGACCCAUCAGACGAUUAUAGAAUAAGAGAGGCUAAUGUGUCUCAAUUAUUUCGGAACUUCCAGAAUAAGUCAAUAUGGAUUGCAAAAAAUGGAGGUUUAUUUGUAGAGUCAAAUGUUCACGAAAUACUGUCGUUGUCAUCAAUUUUUUUGCUUACACCAAAUUCUCAUUCAAAAAUAAUCAUUGAUAUAUUUGGUUCCCGCUUGCUUGAUGAAAUACAUCAAAACGUAAUGCCAGUUCAGAACACAACACUAAAUUCAAAGUAUGAAUUAAAAUUUAGAGAGGCAAUCAAGAAAGUAAAAAAGUCGCGUGAAUGUGCCAUAGAUUGGUUCUAUACAGAACUUGCAAGUGAUCGAAAUUUGAGGAAAAGCUCGGGUUCUUUAAUUUUGAAAUGCCUGGAGACGUUACCUAGCGAGAAAAUUAGAAAUGAACCCAGCGAAAUAACAUACAUUACAAAUUAUAUAGACAACAUUAUGAAGAGUUUAUUUCAUAAUCCAGACAAACACAUCGUCCAGUGGCCUAACAAGGCUCUGAAUGAAAGCAAAUCAAGGAAGUACGAAGGCCGGACCAAGCAACCGGAUUUCGUGGUUUCAAUUAUAUAUCAGCUUCAAACAGAUUCAGUUAUAUUUGUUGGUGAAGUUAGUCCACCAUCACAAAGAAAUAAUGUGUACAAGAACUGCAAAGAUCUCAUUCAGCUUGGAGUUUUCAUGAAAGACUGUGUAGAUUCGGCAAUUGAUAAAGGCGCCGAUAUUAACGUGUUUGGUUUUCAUUGUGUUGAUCAUAUAAUCGACUUUUAUAUAAUAGAACUUAUCCAAGGAACAUAUUUCAUAGUUCAUAUUGGACAAGUUUCAGUUCCGGCAUCGAUGAAAGAGAUGCCAUCUUUUGUUGAUGAAUUAGAAUUGUUGCUAGGAAUACAAGAGAUUUUUCAAAAGUCCUUUGAUACCUUGUACGAUAAGCUCUGUAGUCCGAGUUCACCAUCAAAUAAUGCAAUAUUCAAACGUGAUACUCUUGGUUCGGACGUUUUUAGUAUAUGUACAAAUAGAGAUACUGCUUAA